GUCACGCGCCCGGCGGGCCCUGGGCGACUCCCGCGCAUGCGCGCCUGGGGCGCUCCGCCGCGCGCUUGGGCGCUGACCAGCCGGCAUCGCGCACGGCGUCGCGCACGGCGUCGCGCUCGGCGGCCAGUCUGCGUCGCGCUCGGCGGGCGUGCGUGCGGGGCGGCGCUUCCGGCGAGGCAGUGGCUGGACGCGCCGCGGCCCAAAAUGGACGCGCCGGCGUUGCUUGCUGCCGCGGCCCCGGACGCGCUCAGGCCCCAACUCGGCGGUGGCCCCGCCCGGCCCCGCAGAGCCCCGGGCCCCGCGCGCCGCCGCCUGCUGCUGCUGAGGGAGCCAGAGAGCGGCGCGCGGGACCCGAGCUGCGCGGAGGCCGGGCCGCCGGCCGUCGCCGGCGGCGACUCUCUCGUGGUGCUGCUGGACGUGGCGCGCGGCGCUGCCGCGGCCCCGGGGCGGCAGGAGCUGGAGCCCGAGCCCCGAGCCGCCUCGAACCCGGCCGGCCGCGCCGCGCAGGCCCCCGGCACCGCGCCCCUCGGGGGCCCCGGGUCCGCCGGCCCCCAGGACCUGCUGGUGCGCCUGGAGCGCGGCGUCCUUGCGCUGGCCGCGCCGUCUCGGGGCCCGCCGCCCGGCCGAGAGGCCGGCAGCCCGGCCGAGGCCCGCCGCGCGCCCGCACGCCCCGGCUACCGAUGCCCCGAGCCGCAGUGCGCGCUCGCCUUCGCCAAGAAGCACCAGCUCCAGGUGCACCUGCUCACGCACGGCAGCGGCCAGGGCCGGCGGCCCUUCAAGUGCCCGCUGGACGGCUGCGGCUGGGCCUUCACCACGUCCUACAAGCUCAAGCGGCACCUGCAGUCGCACGACAAGCUGCGGCCGUUCGGUUGCCCGGUGGGCGGCUGCGGCAAGAAGUUCACCACCGUGUACAACCUCAAGGCGCACAUGAGGGCGCACGAGCAGGAGAGCCUGUUCAAGUGCGAGGUGUGUGCCGAGCGCUUCCCCACGCACGCCAAGCUCAGCUCUCACCAGCGCAGCCACUUCGAGCCCGAGAGGCCCUACAAGUGCGACUUUCCCGGCUGUGAGAAGACAUUUAUCACCGUGAGUGCUCUGUUUUCCCACAACCGGGCCCACUUCCGGGAACAAGAACUCUUUUCCUGCUCCUUUCCUGGAUGCAGCAAACAGUACGACAAAGCCUGUCGCCUGAAGAUCCACCUGAGAAGCCACACAGGUGAAAGACCUUUUAUCUGUGACUCUGACAGUUGUGGCUGGACCUUCACCAGCAUGUCUAAGCUCUUGAGGCACAAGAGGAAGCAUGAUGACGACCGCCGGUUCCCCUGCCCUGUCGAGGGCUGCGGCAAGUCGUUCACCCGGGCCGAGCACCUGAAGGGCCACAGCGUCACCCACCUGGGCACCAAGCCCUUCGCCUGUCCCGUGGAAGGGUGCCGUGCCAGGUUCUCGGCGAGGAGCAGCCUCUACAUCCACUCCAAGAAGCACCUGCAGGAUGUGGCUGCCCCGAAGAGCAGGUGUCCGGUGUCCAGCUGUGACCGGCUCUUCGCCUCCAAGCACAGCAUGAAGGCCCACGUGCUCAGGCAGCACCGCCGGCACCCAGAUCUUUUCCCUCCGCUGGGGGCUCCGAGCACGCUGAUGCCCAGCAGUGACCCCGGCAGCCCCGGGCAGGGCGAGUUCAGCCACGUGGACCUGGCGGUCCUCUUCUCCGACCCGCCAGCUGACGGCAGUGCUGCCCCCGGGGCCCCUGACGAGGCGCUGGGCGCUGGGAUCCUGACCAUUGAUGUGACUUCUGUGGGCGCCUCUCUUGGAGGGGACCUCCCUGCCGGUCAGGCUUCCUUCGGGCCGAUGGACCCGCUGGUCUUGGUGGCCCACGGUGACAUCCCACCUGGCCCGGACAGCCCCCUUGUCCUCGGGACGGCAGCUGUGGGUUUCCAGCAGGGCAGCCUCGCCACGGACGACAUGCCGGCCAUGGGCUCAGGGGCCCUGGGCUGUCUGGUGGCUAUGCCUGUGAAGAACUUGGGUCAGGACCCCCAGGCUCUGACCCCAAGCGGCCCCCAGGGAGCCAACAGUGUUCCGGAGCCGCUGGUGCCCAUCAAGGUGGAGCCAGACUCGCCCCCCAGCGCCCAGCCUGGCUGGCAGCAGGAGCCAGGCGAAGGGGCGUCGCGGCCUGCGGAGUCCAGCCCCUUGGAGCAGAGCGGUCCUCGGAGAGAUACUAGGCUUGCGGCGGGGACCGGCGGCUUCUACCUGCUGUGUGCCUGGGGCUGGCCUGGCGUCUGGGAGCCCGGAAGGCGCGCGGAGAGGGGGCCGCAGGAAGGUGGAGGCUCAGCGAGAACUGAUUCCCAGUUCGUUCAGCGAGCUCAGGAGAAGAAGCAGAGACGCCCCGGGAGCCACGCUGGAGCCGCCGGGGCCUCUGCACCAAGCCCAGGGGAAGGCGAUGGCUGUGCCGGCCCGGGAGCCUGGCUCUGGGGCAGCCUCACCGUGCCUGGCGCCCUGCCCUGCGUCCAGGUGCAGCUGCUGCAGGAUGAACCCUCAGGGGAUGGGGUCUUGCCCCUGGCGCUCAGCCCACAGCCUCCCGCCUUCCACCCCCUGCUUGCUGUCGACCUGCCCGUCUACGUCCUCCAGGAGGUGCUGCCUGUGGGCGGAGGCGCCGCGGGGCCCAAGGAGGCGCCAUGCUCGGGAGGCGUGGCUGGUCUGCAGGCCCAGCCGUGACCCACCCGGCCGGGCCGGGGGUGCUGCUGGGCGGCCAGGCCCGUUCUUCA